CUGAAAUUUAUCUUCGAUUUGGUAGGGACCCGAAAUCGGUGCCGAGUCUCCGCCGUGCCUGAUGCUAGUACGUGUAUGUGAGAACAUUGGGGUUGACUAGUAGAAUGAUGUCAAUCCUGUGUCUGGCGCUGUCUGGUCUGUGUCUAGUUCUAUCGAGAAUAGUUCGCAUGUUUAGGUGUUGUGAGGACAUCUUUGAUCGCAAUGCGCUUGAGAUCUAUUCAUUGAGUUUGGUUAUGCCGUGUAAACCAAUUCACCAUGUCUGCAGAACAGAGUCUCUACGCUCCUGGCGAGCAACCCGCCAAUGACCUUUCCAUCCUCCAUGGGCCUUCAGACCCUCCCUUAGUCUCUUUAACGUUAAGCGGACUACUAGAUCUACAGUGCUUCCGGUAUGGCGAGCGAGAAUGCCUCAUCGUUCCUUGGACGGGAGCUCGCUGGACGUACAGCCAGCUACGAGACGAGAGCAUCAAGGUAGCGAAGCUCCUUCUCGAUGUUGGUAUUCGCAAAGGGGACCGAGUGGCUAUCAUGGCCGGUAACUGCGAACAAUACGUCGCUGUUGUCUUUGCCGUCGCCAGGGUUGGGGCAGUUUUGGUUGUACUGAACAAUACGUACACUGCAAAUGAAGCUCUCCGGGCAAUGCGACAUACUGGCUGCAAAUUGCUCUUCACAACAUUUAUGGUCGGGAAGCUUGACAAUGGUCCAUUGAUCGCGAAGCUUUGUGAAGAGCCGCAUCUCGCCCCGUCCAUGGAGGAGAUCAUCAUUCUCCGUGGAGAAACACACGGUUUCAGGGCAUAUGAUGACGCGCUCCUAAGCGGUGAAAUAUUUCCUGAAAGCGUCCUCAAUGGACCUGGCAACCGAGCCUUCCAUCAUGACGUCUCAACACUGCUAUUCACAAGUGGGUCAACUGGGAAUCCCAAGGCCGCGAUGCUUACUCACUACGGGGUGGUCAACAACUCCCGUUUCAUUGGAGAUAGGAUGGCCUUGACCCCUGACGAUGUCCUUUGCUGCGCUCCUCCCCUAUUUCAUUGCUUUGGCUUGGUCCUAGGUCUCCUAGCGGUGAUAACACACGGAUCGAAGAUCGUCCUACCCGCCGAGAUGUUCGACCCUCUAGCAACCCUUCGGUCCGUAUUCACUGAGAAGUGUACCGCACUUCAUGGUGUCCCAGCAAUGUUCGACUCCAUAUUCACUUUACCUCGAGGCAAUCUGCCAAAGUCACGUCUUCGUACUGGCAUUAUUGCCGGUUCACCUGUCCCAAGGCACCUUAUGGAGCUUAUGUUCAGAGAUUUUGGAAUGACGGAAUUUACAAGCAGCUACGGACUUACAGAAGCCUCGCCAACGUGUUUUAAUGCAUUUACCAGUGACACGAUCGAUCGGAAACUGAAUACCGUUGGAAAGUUAAUGCCUCAUGCCCAUGCCAAAAUUGUCGACGUCAAUGGAAAAAUUGUUUCUAUUGGCACAAAGGGAGAAUUGUGCAUUGCGGGAUAUCAGUUACAGGCUGGCUAUUGGAAGGAUGUUGAUAAAACGGCCGAAUGUAUGAAGAUUGACGAGAACGGUGUGUUGUGGCUUCAUACCGGCGAUGAAGCCGUCUUCGAUCGCGAGGGCUACUGUUCUAUCACCGGGCGAUUCAAAGAUCUCAUCAUUCGAGGUGGUGAGAACAUCUAUCCCUUGGAAAUCGAAAACCGACUAGUGGAACACCCUUCGAUUGAGCGAGCUAUCGUCGUCGGUGUCAAACAUCCAAGGUUAGGGGAAGUGGUCGGAACGUUUCUCCAGUCCUCGCCAAGACAGAAGCCUAUCAGCCAAAGAGAAGUCAGAGAGUGGACAUCUGCUACACUGGGCAAACAUAAGGCGCCGGCCCAUGUGUUCUGGCUUGGAAGAGACGGUAUUCCUAAUUCAGUUCCGCUGACUGGCAGUGGGAAGAUCAAGAAGUAUGAGCUUCAAGCACUUGCAGAGCAGAUGUUACACGGUGCGCCGAGGCUCUAGAAAUGGGCGUUUCUGGAAAAUGAGGGGAUGUGUCGAAUCUACAGCGUUUGAUUUUAUAUAGGUCUCAUUAUCAUCAAUAGAUUUCCAAAAAUGAACUUGGUUAGCUUAAUGCAUUACAUCACACCUCCAACUUUGCGGAGCUUCCAACACCCUCCGACUCGCCCUGCGGCCAUGAACUAUCUUCAAACGGUGUCACUCCCAUGUGCCUCCAUGUCCCGUCGCACAUGAGGGCGGGGUCCGUCUCUUUCCCGGGGAAGACCAGUUCCGUUUUUCCGUCACCAAAGUGGGUGACAGAGUUUUC